AUGCAGUCAAGAUCAGCAGAAGAACAGCUGCUCAAUCAUCACUUACUCACGCAACCUGAGCGCUUCGAGUACCGCUUCACACACGCAUCUGACUGCCACCUCCGAGAGAUUCUGUUUAGAUCUCUAGCGAAACAACGCGACGACUACCUUCAACUCCUAUUUCCAAACGGACCUCCAGUCGAUCGAUCUCAGCCGUGGUCACUGAAAGAUGCACAGGGCGCAAUAGAAGGCGCGGAAUAUACCCCGGCGGCAAAGGGAACAGCAUGUGGGCACAUAUUCAAAAACGGCGAGAGUACAUAUCACUGCAAGACUUGCGCAGCAGACGAUACCUGUGUGCUGUGUGCGAAGUGCUUCGAAAGCAGUGACCACGAUGGCCACAUGGUUCUGAUCUCUGUCUCGCCAGGGAACAGUGGAUGUUGUGAUUGCGGUGACCGAGAAGCAUGGCGAAGAGAAGUACGAUGCUCCAUACAUACUGCCGAUGUCGAUUCUACACCGUCCUCGAAUGGCAAAGAGAAGCAGAAAGCGCAGGGAAAACCCUUAAGCUCGCAACUGCCUGAGGACCUGGUUGAGUCUAUUCGAAUGACGAUCGCAAGAUCUGUGGACUAUCUCUGCGACGUCUUCUCUUGCUCUCCAGAGCAACUGAGGUUGCCAAAGUCCCAAACUUCGAUCUUGCAAGAUGAGAGAAACUCGCGGCUGUCUUCGUAUUAUGGAGAGGAGCCUUUCGAGGAGCAUCCGGAAUUCGCACUGGUCCUCUGGAAUGACGAAAAGCACACCGUCGACGAUGUUCAGAACCAGGUUGCGCGCGCGUGUUCUCAGACGAAGACAUUCGGGUUCCGAAAAGCCAUGGAAGUGAACGAUAUCGGACGUAGCGUGGUUCAGUAUGGCAGGGACUUGGAUGAGCUGUUGAAGAUGGCCGAGGUCAUCGAGCAGCUGAAAGUUACAGUCACCAUCAGAUCAGCCCGAGAUACCUUUCGAGAACAGAUGUGUGCGACAAUCAUUGACUGGAUCUCAGAUAUCAGUGGCUGCGCUGUGGGAGACGAGCCCUACCUGCUGCGGAACGUUGUCUGUGAAGAGCUGCUAAAUCCCUGGCGGACUGGCUCUCAAGCAACAAAUAAAGACAUCGGCCAAGCCGGUAUUGACGACCAUGAGACCGAAGACAACGACAAGUUUCGAGAGCGAGAACGUGACUUUAUACGACAGUUCAGGGGGGCCAAUGCCGCCAACGUCAUCCGCCUGGAAGUUGAGGUUGAGGAUACCAAUGACGACGACGAGGAUGAUGAGAACGACGAGGAUGAGGAAGAUGAUAUUUACGACGACAUGGACAUGGAAGAUGAUGAGGGCAUGGAGAUCGACAUGAAUGAUCUAAGAGGGGUGGCCUCGAAUGCUGCCUUGAACACUGCGGAUGCAGCAGACAUGGAUAUCGACAUUAUGGACGAAGCCGAGGACAUUCUCGAAGCAGCCAUCGCCGGCUAUCCAGCCCAACCCCCGCCACCGCCUCAGAGACGGCGAAUCUUGACCCCACAGGACAGUGAGGACGGAGAUGCUGAGCCUCGACCGAAUGUGAACGAGCCAUACGGCAACGUACCACGAACGCCUCGGGUGAGAACAGGCAGACGACAACAUCCGAGCAGACAUUGGCUUCAGAAGCCUGAAGGCUUCAGAGCGCCAAGACCGAGUGAGCCAUGCGAGGAUCUGUGGCAACGCCUGCGCCUUGACUUUCUCAUACUAUACGAUUUACGACUUUGGAAAACGCUCCGGAUUCACUUGCGACAUUUGUACAUCACGACCGUCGUAACUAUACCGCGCUUCAAGCGCAUAUUCGGACUCAGAUUUGCUGGACUGUAUACCGCACUUGCGCAGCUCUACCUGAUUGCGGAUCGCGAGCCUGAUCACUCAAUCAUCAAUUUAAGUGUGCAGAUGCUCACGACUCCCACAAUCACACAGGAAGUUGUGGAACGCGGCAACUUCUUGACAAAUCUGAUGGCGAUUCUCUAUACCUUCAUCACCACGCGCCAGGUGGGCUUUCCAGAGGACGUCAACAUGAGGGCUACCUUGGCCUUCGACGCUGGAGCUGUCACGAAUCGCAGGAUGUUCCAUUUCUUCCUUGACUUGCGCUGGCUCUUCCAAUCGGAACUGAUACAUGAGAAGAUGCGCUUUGAGCAACGCUACCUCCUCCAAUUCCUCGAUCUGGUGAAACUGCAUCAGGGUGUCUGCCCAAAUGUCCGAGCUACGGGUGAGCACGUUGAGUAUGAAUCUGAUACCUGGAUCAGCGCCAGCAUGAUUGUCAAGGAGAUAAACAAGCUGUGCAAACAAGUAGCAGUCUCAUUUGAGCCUACCCCGAAGUUCGAUGACCAUAACGUCAACUUGCAGCGCGCAGUACGAACAGUCGCGCAGGUGACGAUGAUCAACGCCUUCGGCUACGAGCGCAAACGCUUCAGCAGUGCCGAACUCAAAGACGACCUCGCUUGGCACUUGAUCGGUCCAUUUGAGCAGGACGAGAAGAAGUACAGCGUACCCAGACAUGUGGUGCAAAAGGAGCCUAUGAGCUUCCAUCAUCCCCUGCAUUACCUUCUUUCGUGGCUCAUUGAGAAUGCGAAAGGCAUGGGCAGAGAAGAGAUGCGUGCACUAUUGCAUUUUUCGCCGGCGGACUUGAAGGAUCCCUGGAACGCAACGAGAACAGCGCCUGCGCCCUCCAACCUGACAUCAGAUGAGCUCCUGGGCGCCAUUUUCGACCAUCCGCUUCGGGUCUGCGUCUGGCUAGCCCAGCAAAAGGCAGGGAUGUGGGUUCGAAACGGAAUCACCCUCCGUCACCAAAUGCACACCUAUCGCAGUGUAUCGCACAGGGACGUUGGGUACUCGCGCGAUAUUCUGAUGAUCCAAGCCGGACUCGUGCUUUGUGGUAGCGAGGAGGAGCAGCCGGGCGAGCGAUUUCUUGCUCAGAUGCUCGACCGUUUCCAGAUGGGUGAUUGGGUGAAAGGCAGCUACGAGCGUGUCGAAGGCUUCGAGGAAUCUCAGCAGCUUGAUGUCUUCGAAGACUUCUUCCAUUUGUUGGUGAUCGUGCUUUCGGAGCGUGGCAAUCUUUGUUCAUCUCUGGAUGAGAGCGAGCAGCACGACAACGUACUCAAGCAGGACAUUGCGCAUGCUCUGUGCUUCAAGCCGUUGUCGUUCAGUGAGCUGACGAACAGAGUGACUGACAAAGUGGGCGAUUCUGACGACUUUCAACGCGUGCUGGAAACCAUGACUACGUUUAGACCGCCUGAGGGCCUCUCAGAUACCGGUACAUUCGAGCUUAAGCAGGAAUACAUCGAACUAGUUGAUCCCUUCUACGCACACUUUUCGCGCAACUACAGCGAGGAGGCUGAGAACAUCUACAAGAAACAUAUGGCGCGGAAGACGGGAAAGACCGCAGAGGAGAUUGUUUAUGAGCCUCGCCUGAGGAGGAUCGACACGGGACUAUUUUCAGCCCUGGCGGUGUUCACUUCGACGCCGUUGUUCGUCCAGGUUGUUGGAGCUGCCUUGAACUAUGCGUACAACGUCAAGCACGUGGCGCCGAAGAUUCAGGUCACAAGAGUUGAGACCUUCUUGCACAUCGUCUUGCAUCUCGUCCUCAUUGCUGUCCUGGAGGACGGGCAUAUUGCAGGUGCUGGUGAAGGCUUUGUCAGGCUGGCCUCCUCAAGAUCAUGCGCUUUCGCGGACACGCCACACGUACAAGCCACUAUCGUAGACUUACUUGUUGCGCUAUCGAGCAUGGAUGAGUACGCAUCAUGCCAUCCUGCCAUCAAGAACAUCUUGCGCAAGAUGCAGCUCCGACAGCCGGAGAAGUUGACGACUGCUAUGGGACCUCUAGCUGCGAUACUGGACCGAGCGGAAACAGGAUCUCCAGCAUCACUCUCGGCAGAAGACAAGGAGCGCAAAAAACAAGAGGCUCUGGCUCGCCAGGCCAAGGUAAUGGCUCAGAUGAAGCAGCAGCAGAACAGCUUUCUGCAGAACCAAGGCCUGUCCGGUUUCGAUGACGACUCUGAUGACCUCGAGGAUGAUAUGUCUACCGCACAAGAAGCCGAGAAUGUGGAACAUCGUAAAACGUGGAGCUUCCCGACGGGCACCUGCAUUCUUUGUCAAGAAGAGACGGAUGAUCAACGCUUGUAUGGCACGUUCGCAUUCUUUGGGGAGAGUCACGUUCUUCGCUCUACGCCCGUUGACGAUAACAACUUCAUCAGGGAAGUUGUCAACACGCCCGAAAGUCUUGACCGGUCAGCAGAUCACCUGCGGCCGUUUGGCGUCGCCGGCGACAACAAGCGCCAAGUUCAGAAAGUUGGGCCCGAGGGUCAAACCGUGAGCGUUGAGCGACAGGGACUCUCCAAGGGCUUCCCGCACGAGAGCGAAAUGGUGAAAGGCCCUGUAGCCACGAGUUGUGGUCAUAUCAUGCACUACAGCUGCUUCGAGCUCUACCUUACUGCCACAGCUCGGAGGCACCAUCAGCAGAUUGCAAGAAAUCAUCCCGAGCGCGUUGACUUCAAGGAGUUCGUCUGCCCUCUGUGCAAAGCCCUAGGAAACACCUUCCUACCGAUCAUCUGGAAAGCCAAGGAAUGUGCGCAAGAGCAUGAGCUUCAUGCAGCGAAAAGCUUCCCGGACUGGUUGUCCGAGGUGGACAAGAAGUACACGGCCAACCUGGCCUUCUUGGAAAGCGCACCAGCUGCGAUGCAUCGGCAGCAGCAGGUUCAAGAUGCGUACUCGAGUCGGUCAUUCCAGUAUGUCGCCAAUAUGUUCGCGCCUUCGCUCGUGAACAGUAUGAACGAGCUGUCGUUAGAAAACAGCAACUCUCCAACAAGCCCUCAACAGCAACGAUACCCACUGAGACGUAGUGCGACUCUUUCACGGUUAUUCGGGCUGAACUACGGCAGCACUCAAACCCCAUCCGUCGCCGGUAAUGACUCAUCGUCACCCAUCUCUGAGCAGAACAGACUGAGUGACCUACUCAGUGCUUACCGUCGCAUCGAAGACUCUGUCCGGACGAAUCAGCUUUGUGAGCCGGAGAAGUGGGAUGGGUCCACGAACCCAGUGGUGGCGAUGUCACGCGCCUUGGGUCUCUCUGUUGCGGCAUUUGAAAUCUCUCAUCGCGGCGUCGGCAACGAUCCAUUUGCAACGUCCUUACUUGCAGCCAUGCCUGAGCAGGUUCUUACGCAUUUGCGUAUCAUCUCGGAGACAAUCGAAUCAUACCUGGCGCUGAACAUCUUAAAAUCUGGGUCGAAUGUUGUGGCCCGGGACACCAUCAAGAAGCGAGACGUGAUGACUGCACAGCUCUUUGGUGCGGAGUCUCAAGACGCGAUGGAUCGACUGCAAGCCCACGUUCAGGUCCUAUUUCAAGUUGAUACUUUCCUGUUCUUUGCAGAUUGGCUCUCAUUCAGGGCACCGAAUGUGGCUGAGGCGUCCUCGAUAAUGCAACUGUGCUAUUGGGCAGAAAUCGUCAAGACAGUCUUCGUCUAUCUGCCAAUAGUCAAGGAUCAAGCUCUGGGCAACGAAAGCGCACCUGGUGUCAAUCCUGAACCCUUGAGAACCGCUGUCAACGCCAUGAACCUGGACUCCGUACAAGGCUCCUUCAGCCAAGCGCAGAUCGACCCGGCGCAAGCCUCUUGGCUCCGUCUACUGAUCGACAAGUAUGCACUCGCAUUCUUGAGAAAGUCGGCCGUCCUCAUGCUCGUCCGCUACGGACUGGAUUUCGAGUGUCCCUACAAUAUUGAUGCAGAAGCACCUGAGUUGCAGAGACUUACCGCUUUCCUGCAUCUACCAUCGAUGGAAGAUAUGUGCGCCAUCUUCGUGUCGCAAUCGACAUCUGGCGAUAACCUGCGCAAAAUCACCUCACGGUGGCUAUCCCAGGCCAACACCGUCACGCAGAGGCAAGCAGUCUUGUUCGACCUUUCCUCGCACCAAGUCAAGCCGAUCAUGAUUCCACACCCGGCCAUCUUCGAAUUGGUAGGCCUGCCCAAGAAUUACGACACCCUCACCGAAGAAGCCAUUAAACGCCGCUGCCCUACCACUGGCAAAGAAAUCUCCGACCCAGCCGUUUGCCUCCUUUGCGGCGAAAUCUUCUGCUCUCAAGCCGUCUGCUGCAUGAAAGAUAAGAGCCAAGGCGGCUGCUAUCAGCACAUGGAACGGCAUGGGCUCAAAGUCGGCGUCUUCAUCAACAUUCGCAAGUGCAUGGUCUUGUUCUUGCAUGGACCCGGGAGUGGAAGCUUCACACAAGCGCCUUACCUGGACCGUCACGGAGAGCCUGAUCCGACGCUCAGGAGACACCAUCAGCUCUAUUUGAAUCAGAAGCGGUAUGACAAGUUGCUGAGGGAUGUUUGGUUGGGACAUAUGGUGCCUAGCGUGAUUUCGAGGAAGCUGGAGGGUGACAUCAAUCCUGGAGGGUGGGAGACGCUUUGA